AUGGCGAACUCAAAAUUCGAGUACGUCAAGGAUUUUGAACAGCCCGAUGCCUUGUUACCCAACACAUGGAUUGUGGUGCGUAUUGACGGGAGAGGGUUUCAUAAGCUGUCCGAUCACUAUGCAUUCGUCAAACCCAAUGACCGACGGGCGCUGGAUUUGAUGAACGCCGCUGCUGUCGCGGUCAUGAAGGACUUGCCAGAUCUUUGCAUCGCAUAUGGUGUGAGUGACGAGUAUAGCUUCGUUUUCCAUCCGACUUGUCAGCUCUUUGAGAGACGGAAUGCAAAAUUGGUCACGACGAUUGUCUCGACCUUCACUGCAUACUAUAUCCAUCUGUGGUCGACUUAUUUCCCGUCCAAGCCACUUCAGCCUCCCUAUCUGCCUUCCUUUGAUGGUCGGGCUGUCAUCUAUCCUUCAGCACGAAUUCUGAGGGACUAUAUGAGCUGGCGUCAAGUUGACUGCCACAUCAAUAACCUCUAUAAUACCACUUUCUGGACUAUGGUCCAGCAAGGGGACAUGAGUAACACAGAUGCAGAGCAAGAACUGAAGGGGACCGUCUCUGCCGACAAGAACGAGAUACUUUUCAAACGUUUUGGCAUCAACUACAACAACGAGGAAGAAAUUUAUAAGAAGGGUAGUGUCCUUUACCGACAAUAUGAACUACAGCAGCCCAGUCAGGAGCAUGAGGUAGGCGAUGAAGAUGAGUCAUCUAUAUCAGAACCGAAACAGAGUCGUUCGCAGCAAGACAAGCUCAAGAAGUUGCGCCGAAAGGCUCAGGUCGUAGUGGACCAUGUCGAUAUCAUUAGGGAUGAGUUUUGGCAGAGACGGCCAUGGAUCCUGUCGGGAAAGCCAGGAAAGUUGCCUGCAGCAGACUCGAAUGAUACUCAAGCGACGCAAUAA